UAUGGACGUAUUUCGUGGGAAAAGGGCAUAGUAGCCUGUCCAUAGCUCAAGGUCUAUAACUCGGUUUUUCAUGGCUAGGUUGAUUUUCAACCAGUUCCAGGAGGAUGGACUAAUCCACGAGGACUACUACAUUGAUUUUCUAAGAAGUUUGAGAAAUGCCUUCUCCCGGGGGGUCACAGUGAAUGGGAAACCGAGGAUUGACCCAGCACAUCCAGAGAGCAUUUUGGAUGUGCAAUGUUUUAGGGCGGGGGAUGAAGAAGCACGACUUCUUUUAAGGUUCAACACUGCAGAUCUAUUCCUGAUAGGCUUCAGGUCCGUGAACGAAGACAACUGGUGGGAGAUGCCUCAUUCUGGACUCAACAUACCAGGCUCUGAGAAGCUUCCCUUUGAUACGUCUUAUCUCCAGCUUCACAGGGUUUCAGGCACAAAGUUCGGUAACAUCACUAUCAAUCCAUUUGCGGUUGACGAUGCCAUCCUCACAUUGUCUUCAUAUCACAGUAACAGGAACACAAAAAGGGCAGCCAAAUCAAUACUAGUGUUCGUGAUUUUAUUUGCUGAAGCGGCUCGAUUUUCGCUCAUCUCGGACUUCAUUCACAGAAACCAUCUUACCGGAGCAGAUAUGGGUCUGAUACAGGAGUGGGCAUUCCCACUUGUACACAAGUGGGGAGACCUCAGCAACAUAUAUAUAGAGGCCUAUACGCAAGAGGUUGACGCGCUCGCUGCCUAGACUUGCUGCCCUCAGAGCACAGUCAGGACAUCAGCGGUCUAUCACACGUUUAGAUGAAGUGGACGCUGCGGUAGCUCUACUCAAGUGAUUGCUUGAAGAAAGUAACAUGAAACUAUUGUAGAAACUAUUGUGGAUUGGAGAUUUAGUUUCAGGGAAUUUUCAAAUCUAACAAACUGCAUAAGGCUACUAGAUAAUAGAAACUAUUGUGGAUUGGAGAUUUAGUUUCAGUCAAUUGCAGUUAAUUUCUAAUUUCAGUCAACAUGAAUAGCUGAUACAUUCUAACUGAUAGCACUCUUUGGAGAAGUGGUAGAAGGGGAAGGAAGCCAUAGGGUGCCCUCUUGUGCUUUGCCUAUGAGAAACUUCAAGUUGAUUUGAAGAGUUUUUGUUUACUAGUACAAUGUUUGGAACUUUUGUAGCUCUCAAUGAGAAAAUGAGUAAAAUAUUUUGGUAGUUAUAAGUACCAUAGAUUAUCCAACCCAUUCUGUACCACCAAAUGAAUUUGUACCACAGUUUGGAGUAGUAUUAUUCAUGGGGUAUUCUAAACUAGAAAAAAAAAUCAUAUAUAGUGUCGUAUAGAGUGUCUUUGCAAAUCAAUAUCAGCAGAGAACAAUCAUUCUGUAAGCCACUUCAAUAUUUUGUAAAUUCAAACUUAUUUCUGAGCCACUUUAAUAAGAUGAUAACAGUUUUUUUUACCGUAUGAGUUUUAUGGAAUGAACUUAACUAAAGAUAAUUGAUGAAGCGGCUCAUCCAGUUCGACGCCACCUAACAAGGUUGCCUUUCUUUCUCCCCUUUCAUCUUCUUUUUUUGUUUCUCUUAGUUUUUUCUUUAUAUAUGUCUUUACCUUUACUCUUGCUGGCUUUUUUUGGUUAUAUGAUAGCCAAAAGUUGCCCCACAUUCUUUUUACUAAAGCUUUAUAGUGUUAUUCACUGGAAAUGAAUACAAAGUGUUGCAUACUAUAUUAUAUUUUAAAUUAGUCAGUUGUAUAUUAUUACACUUAAUGCAUAUUACAGUCAAGUGCUAGUGUGCUACAUUCAGCCAUGCAGCCCUUUACCGCCUAGUAGGGUGUCUAGGUGACAAGGUGGUCGAUCUGCUGGCACAGCUGCGCUGCACCCUCCAUCCAACAUUGCAAACAUAUUUGACACGCCAUGAAAACCUCGUUUGGCCCGCACUUUGCUCUAUAGGCUUGCAUGCAGUGUUGUCGUUAAGCAUGUAGCAUAUGCAAACUAUUUACUAAACUUGAUCUGGAUAUGACAAUAUCUCUCCUGUUGACUACUUUUUCAUGUAUGUGAAGGCGGCUUCGUAUCAUUCUAAUAGUGUAACGGAGUUAUGAAGAUGAGUGUCUUGAGUUAGAUACAAUGGAUUGCACUGUUGCAGUAAAUGCUCCUUCGGGUGAAGAUACACUACACAGUUUGGAUCUAUUUCAGAAAGCAAGGGAUUGGCUUAAUGAGGAAGGCUCUCCCAUUCCAGAAUUUGUUGGGGAAUGUUUCAUCAUGGAGCUGGCCAUUGGAAUUGAGAGGAAAUAAAGUCAUGACCUUGCUAUGGCGAAUAGUUUUCCGGAAAAUAUAGAUUCUCCUGCUCUUGCAAAUGCUCGCAUCUCCCCUGUUUCAAAGCAAAACCGUUUUGAUCUAGUGCAAAGCCAAUCUGAUUUAUUGAAAAGAGUCCUGGAUAAUUCAGAUUUUGUUGAUGUAUUCCAUGAGAAAAUCAAAUAGGUAUCCAUAACUUGUUUAACGUUAAUUGGACGGCAAACUGCCACAUUAAGUAGAAUUCAUGUUCUCAACUUAUUCGUUCUCUUUUUGUUUCUACAGGAUUGGUAUUUUCGUGAAAAGAGGGAAGAUAUUUCUGUAGGAGUACUAUUGGAAUAUAGUACGUAGUACUCCGUAUAUUUUAGAUAAAAAUUCCGGUAGUUCACAAUAAUUUGCACAACAAUGAUGUUGUUGUGAUUAAGAUAUUUUGAAUUAUGAUAAUUACAUUUGGGAAAUGUAUUGAUGUAGUAGUAGGCCUGGCCUCGGGCCGGUUCGGGCCCGGUUCGGGCCUAGGCCCGGCCGGGCCUCGGUUCGGUAAUGUAGGGCCCGGGCCCGGCCCGCCUGUGAGCGGGUGCCGGUUCGGUCCGGGUGACCCGGCCGGGCCCCGGGUCGGGUGAACCGGCGGGUCGGGUCGGGCCUAAAAUAAUUUUUUUUUUAACUUAUAUUCUUAUACAUCUAC